AUGGCACCCUCAACUCCACCGACGCUCUCGCCCUCUGCGUUCUUCACCACGCUUCUCCAUCUAGUCAAUCUCGAGCAAGACUCCGAGAUCGCCGAGACAUCCCUGCUCCUCUCGUCGACGGCGCCCACGACACUGUCUCGCGCGGGUCUCGCAAUCCUCAACCUCUCGGUCCACUCCCUAAAGACCGGUCUGGGCGGUCGCAGUGUGGUUGAGCUCGGUCUCGAUCCCGCGGUCGUGAGGAAGGACUCUAAAGGUGAGUUGCCCGAGCAUGGCAUUCGGACGGGGGAUAUCGUGCGGGUCGGAGAGACCCCGAAGGGCACGGCCAGGAAGAAAGAAGUCGCAGAGUUGAAAGGAAGGGGCGUUGAAGGCGUGGUGGUCAGGGUCGGCGACAGAGCUGUUUGGGUUGCGCUGGGCAAGGAGGGUGGUGGCACUGCUGGGGGAAGCGACAGUAAUGUCGAAGAGGUACCGGAUGGGAAACUGUGGCUGGUCAAACUUGCCAACGAUGUCACUUACAAGAGAAUGAAUCAGACCCUAACCAGACUACUCAAGACACCCGAGUCGUCAUACACGACGCUCCAGCGCGUCCUCCUGGGCCUUUCUUCCCCUGGGACAGCGGCAGCGGACUCGUCUGACUCGAGCUCGAGCGAUAUCACUUUCUUCGACCCGACGUUAAACCCGUCUCAACAAGAUGCAAUCCGCUUCGCCCUCUCCUCACCGGAGAUCGCUCUCAUCCACGGUCCGCCGGGGACUGGGAAGACGUACACCCUCAUCGAACUCAUUCUGCAGCUCCUCAAGCGCAAUCAACGCGUGUUGGUGUGCGGACCCAGCAACAUCAGCGUAGACAACAUCGUCGAGCGUCUCUCUUUGACCUCCCCUGGUACACCGAUCGUCCGCCUGGGUCAUCCGGCCCGCCUCUUGCCAAGUGUCCUGAACCACUCGCUCGAAGUGUUGACGCGAACGAGCGAGGCUGCGGGGAUCGUAAGCGACGUGCGCAAGGAAAUGGACGCGAAGCAGGCGUCGAUCCGCAAAACUCGCAAUGGUCGUGAACGACGUGCAAUUUACGCUGACCUGAAAGAGUUACGGAAGGAGUAUCGUGAGCGGGAGGGGAGGUGUAUAGAUGGGCUGAUGACAGGCAGCAAAGUCGUGCUGUCGACACUCCACGGUGCUGGGAGUUAUCAAGUCCGCAACCAGGCGUUUGACGUCGUGGUGAUUGACGAAGCGAGUCAAGCUCUUGAGCCACAAUGCUGGAUUCCGCUGAUCUUCGGAGGACCAAACGUGAAAAAGCUAGUCUUGGCGGGCGACCAUCUGCAGUUACCGCCAACGGUCAAGAGCGCAGAUAACAAAGACACCAAGGAGGAAAAGAAAGCAAGAGUCAAAACUCUGGAGGAAGAACUAGCAAAGUUGUCUAUCAAGGACGAAGAAUUGAAGGCGGCGAAGAGUUGGUCCUUGGAAACAACCAUGUUUGACCGGCUCUUGGCCAGAUACGGGCCCAGGAUCAAGAGGCUGCUCAAUACGCAGUACCGAAUGCAUGAAAAGAUAAUGCGGUUCCCCAGCGACGAGCUCUAUGAAGGGAAGCUUGUCGCGGCCGAUGCUGUUAAAUCCCGAGUGCUGAGAAAUCUGGCAUACGAAGUAAAAGAGACCGAAGACACCAACGAACCACUUGUGUUUUUCGACACGCAGGGAGGUGAUUUUCCGGAGAAGACAGAAGACGACUCCGGUGGACAGAUUCAUAAAUCGACCUUGCUGGGGGACAGUAAGUGCAAUGAAAUGGAAGCGGCUGUCGCUGCCAUGCAUGUGAAGAACCUGGUAGAAGCUGGCGUCAGGGACGAAGAUAUCGCAGUCGUCACACCUUACAACGCUCAGCUCGCUCUUCUAAGCUCCGUGCUCAAGGAAAAGUAUCCAAAUAUCGAAUUGGGCAGCGUGGAUGGCUUUCAGGGCCGAGAAAAGGAAGCCGUCGUGGUCAGUCUGGUCAGAAGCAACGCUGAAAAGGAGGUGGGCUUCUUGGGUGAGAAAAGGAGAUUGAACGUUGCAAUGACCCGGCCAAAACGCCAUUUGUGCGUGAUUGGCGAUUCAGAGACGGUUUCUCGAGGCAGCCCCUUUUUGAAGAGGUGGAUGAAAUUCUUGGAGGACCAUGCUGAUCUGAGAUAUCCAAACAUUGAGGACUUGGAACUCGGGUAG